CGCGGGGGUGUGGCAUCGCCCUCUUCUUUGUAUCCACUCCUUGCCAACACUCCCUCCUCCAGUGAUACCGACCACUCUUGGUAUCUCCCUCCCACUUGCGGCAUCUCCUUGGCACGGCGAUCCUCAUCCGCCCCUGACGCCCAUCGGCACAUUUCCUCGGCCCGGGCUUCCCUCCACGCACGCCCCAUUGCUCCCACGCCCCUGACCUGAGUUGCUCCUACACCGCCGCCGCAUCACGUCCGGUUGCUCUCUGGAUUCCCUCGUCUGUACCUGCAUCGUCAUCAACAACAUCAUCCUUAUCACAUUCCAACAUGAGUGGCAGCAACGAUCCUGCCUCGCCUUCUUCACCUUCACGCCCAGCAGCCAUACCCACUUCAGCCUCAGCCUCAGCCUCAGCUACAGCCUCAGCUACAGCCACUGCCGUCCCACGUCCCUCUGCCGAACGGACCGGAUCAGCUUCGGAGAUCCACUCCCUAAGCACUACUCCGCGGCAGAGUCACAUCCUCAGCAGUGGUCCAUCCACAGGCGCUACCUCUUCGCAGCCCCCCAGGUCACAGUCGGCACUGAUGCCCGGCUCGACGGAUAGCUCGGCAGCCAAUAGUCCCUCGGUCUCACGGGCGAAUAGAGCAGCUGCGCCUGCAGGGUUGGGCCUACGACCAUCGAUGCAGGCAACUUUUUCCACACCGGCAGCAGGUGGCUCAGGAGCAGGGCCGUCUGGCUCGCUGAAUGCAAAAGACUGGGCAUUCAAUGAGGAGGGUGGGACAGCAGGCAUCGGCAGAGGACUACCAGCAAGAAACCCCAAUACCCGUCCCAGGGGAGGCUCAUCGGUGCGAGAGACGUCCAUGUCUGGCGCAGGACGACGUGGCCUGUCAGCCUAUGGCAUGUCGGACGCCGACAGGCGGUCCAUCUCUGGCUUAUCUGCGUCAGAAGUAGACGGAGACGAGUCGGAGGACGGACAGCCCGCUACAAAUACUCAGAGCGCUGGUCGGUCUUCUUCUCGGAACACUGCAGCAGCCCCUAGAGCUCCUUCUAAGCAGCAGCGACCCGGCACCCUCAACCGAUCUGAAUCAAGGGGGCGCAGACCGAGCUAUCUCACAAGAAGUAGUGACCUGCCAGACUACCUGGAUGAUACGGACCCCAAUGCCUUUGGGCCACUGGAUGAAGAUGAUGACGAAGUAGUUCCAUAUGAUCGUGGAGAGGAGCUUGUCCGACGUCGUAUGAAGGCCCGUCAGAAGGAGAAGAGGAAGAAGGAGAAGGAGGCCGAAAAGGAGAAGAGACGGACGUUACUGCUACCUAGUGGAAGCCGUCCUACCUCACCUCGCCCGCGUCCAACGAGCAUGCUGCCUUCAGGACAGCCCACCAGUCCUGGUUCUCAGCAGCUGCAAAUGGACAGGGAAGGACGUCCGACCUUUGUUCCUCUACCUCGUCAAGGCGGCAGCGGUGGUGAGCCUUGGCUUCUCAGUCCUGCUCACAUGGGCAGCGCAAGUAGUCCCGGCCCGUCCUUCACCUCCGUCCUGCAAGGCGGUGGCAAUAUGGGAGGCUCAUACCCAUCUCCACACUCUCACAUUCGCCGGCCAGUGGCAGGAAGAGCCAGUGGUUUAGCCGGAGGUCCUGCUAGCGGCGGCCCUGGGACAGGUGCUCCUUCUACGCGUGGUCGAGGCAUUGGAAGUACACAGAGAGCGCCCAGUGCACAAGCUGCCCUGCCAUCUCAGGACGGUGACAGGUCGCAAAGCCGUCAACGAGACAUCUUCUCUGAGCGUCCUCAGAGCAUAGCCACAGACUCCAGUGUCUCGGCAAGCAGCUUCGACGAGGGCGAAGAAGGAGGCGAAGAUGAAGGAGAGGGUGACCAUCUUGCCGAUCUCAACGUAGACGUCGAGGAAGGCAAAGCGUAUGCUGCAGACUUGCGAAACCGAGCAGCUGAGGGACAACGGAAGCGAGAGAUGUCCACUCAGGAGAUUGAACAGGAAGGCGACGAGGAGGAGGUUGCAAUCGUAGACGACGAAGAACUUGAUGGCGACGGAGAUGAGACGCCCGAGGGAGGAGACUCGUCUUCCUCUGGCGAUAUCGAACCCGAGGACGUGGAAUAUACCCUAAAGGAUCGUCAAGAUGCAAUCAACAUCGAGCAUCCCUUUGGUCUGCCCAUCUGGAAGCCGGCUCUAUACAAGAAGUCUCGAACGAUUACACGCAAUGCCGAAAACGCCUUACAUUCCAUUCCUAGUCGAGCAGCUGAGCGCCACUUCCUGCCAGGCAACAUCCUUUGGACGCUCAUCUUUGGUGUUUGGCUCAGCAUCAUAUGCGGCAUUGCCAGUGUACUUCUCAGACUCGUACCAUUCGGAGGAUCGAGAUACGCCAGGGUCACGCUCGAGCUGGCAGGCUAUCUCUUCUGGCCUUUCGGAAAGUACGUCGAGGUAGAGAUUAGCCCACACAAUGUCGAGAGGGCUGCUGGCGGAGAUCCCGCCGGCAAGUACAACUUUAUUGAUCAGGAAGGCGGCAGUGCUUUCGACGAUUGUUGGCAGAACGGGGGCCAUGGAGAAUGCGAUCAGCCUGAAGAGACCUACACAAACGAGUUCACUCCCGUUGCUGCUCGCUACCCACACGAUCAUCAACAUCGCGUACCUUUCAACUCCAGACCUUCACGGCCCUCAAGUCGCGACGUAACCCUCGUAAACCCUGUCACACCAGGAGACGAACCGGCUACAGGCUCUAGUAGCGCUGGCUCUUCAAAUGGGGAAGCGAAUCACACAUUCGGUACCGCCAGACAGCCCUCGAAUUCCAAGGGUGGCAGUCCUGAGACUCUGCCUCUGCUUGGCAAAGGAAAAGGGAGGGAUGGCUACGGGGCUACCUCUGGUGGAGCAGCCGGCUCAGACGGAGAUGAGGAGGCAGAUUCUGCUGACGAUGAUGCUACGCGGAUCGAGCGCGAGUGUGAUCUUUACGAAUACGUCGUGGACAGUCGAGGCCGCGAUGUCGGAUUUGGCAAGCGCUGGCUGGGCAGCAUUGCUUAUGGCCUAGUCUUUUGGCUGAUCAUCGCCCCCGUGUUGGGUCUAAUCUGCCUGGCCUGUUGGGGUUUGGUCGUCACCAUUCCCAUGGCGAAGUUGAAUUGGGUCCUCCUCAAGAAUCUUGCCACGCAUCCACUGGCACUGCACUUUGGUUCUGCACCUGCAGCUGCUGCCGCACUGGCCUCGGCGAAUGGCGAAGCCUGUGCUACUCCAUCAAAGGGCCAGCCUGAUACUUCGCUGGACAAGGCAAAGCGACUUCUGCAACCUUUGAGACCUGGCCAGUUUGCCUCGAGGUCUAAGUCCUGGGGCGGCUCACCUUCGUCUCGAGGUCUGCGAAAGAGCAAGAUUCUCCUCUGCACCUACCGAGCGAUUGGUCUACAGUACUACAAGUAUACCGUAGGCGGAGUCAACAUCCUCUUUGUCAAUACUCUUCCCUUUGUAGGCUUCACCAUUCUGGACUUCUUCUUUCUCCUUCCCUACGUGGAGAAGCACGAUAUGCAUUCUGGCUUUGCAGGCUGGGUUAGCGGCCAAGGAGUCAUCUUCAUCUGCGCACUGGGCAGCGUUAUACCCCUCUCGUACUUCAUUGGCAUGGCCGUCGCGUCCAUUUCUGCACAGAGUUCGAUCGGCAUGGGAGCAGUCAUUAAUGCUACCUUCGGUUCGAUUAUUGAGAUUAUCCUCUACGGCAUCGCACUGACGCAAGAGAAGGCGCGACUGGUCGAGGGCUCGAUCAUCGGUUCAAUUCUGGCUGGUGUGUUGCUCAUGCCAGGACUCUCAAUGUGCUCAGGAGCUACCAGGAGGAAAGAGCAGCGCUUCAAUGCUCGCUCGGCUGGUGUUACAUCCACGAUGCUCAUCAUGGCCAUCAUUGGUAUCUUGACGCCUACCUUGUUCUAUCAGAUCUACGGCACCUUCCAGCUCACCUGCACCGGAUGUCCUGCCGACCCUGCAGCAGAGGUGGAUUGGACUUGCAAGCGAUGCUUCUACGAGCAUGUGCCGCCAGCGACGGACCCUUUCUACCAAGAGAAUGUCAAGGGCCUCAUGUACACAUGCACAGUCAUCCUGGUUCUCUCCUACGGCAUUGGUCUUUGGUUCAGUCUCCGAACACACGCAUCUCAGAUCUGGCAGAACUCGCUACCGGCCCCGGCACUAGCAGCGGCUGCCGGUCAACAGCAACCUACCGCUGGAGCCACCGGUCAGCUUGGCAAUGAUCCUCUGGCAACGGCUGGCAACAGCGUUCAAAUCCCCUCGGCGCAGCGAGCUUCAGUCUAUAAGCGGCUCUUGCCGCCACACCUCGCUCAGGCGGUCUUGCCUACGUCACAGAGAGUGGCGAGCCAACCCACUUUUUCUGCCACAGGCGGUCAGAGUCGCCUCUCCUCCGCAGUUGGUCGAACAGAGGGCAGUAUCACCUCGCAGGAACCCCCGCCGCUGCGCUUGCCUGAGAGUUUCAGUCAAGAAGAGUAUGCCAAGGCGAUGGCUUUCACCGCCAGUGCCUUCCAGACGGCCAUUCGACAGCAUCAGCAAGAACAGCAAGCCAGUGGGGCCAGCUCUGCGACGAUGCAGCCUGCGCCUGCAGCUGCGAGGAGAUCGGUGCAGUCUGCCAAUCAGGCGAUGCCUCACGGCGGUCACCAAGGCCACCAAAGAGAGCUGUCGAUGGCUCCCGUAGAGGCGGAGGAUGCUGGUGGGCACGGCGGACACGAUGCUCCAUCAUGGUCUCGAGUAGUGUCACUCACGGUGUUGCUCUCCUGCACGGUCCUAUACGCCAUCAUUGCCGAGAUCCUAGUAGAUGUUGUGGACGUGGUCCUAGACGGGUCAGGCAUCGACGAGAAGUUCCUUGGAAUCACCCUCUUUGCCCUGGUACCCAACACGACCGAGUUCAUGAAUGCCGUCUCCUUUGCCAUCAACGGUAAUAUCGCCCUCUCCAUGGAGAUCGGAUCCGCCUAUGCUCUGCAGGUCUGUCUUAUUCAGAUCCCCGCAAUGGUGGCAUUCAGCGCCUACUACAAUCGUCCUGGUGGCACGACAGUAGGGGGAGGUCAUCUGGAGCAUCGCUCCUUUACCCUCAUCUUCCCCCGCUGGGACGUGAUAGCCAUCAUCUUUUCCGUCUUCCUCUUGACCUAUACCUACAUCGAAGCAAGAAGCAACUACUACAGGGGAAGUAUCUGUAUACUCUCCUACCUCGUACUGGUCGCAGGCUUCUUCUUUGCCCCGCCUACGGGAGAUGUAGAGGCGCCUGGGGAUGGAGCGCCAGAGGACUUUGUGGGGACGGCAUUGGUGAAUGUGGUCAGGAGCGGGAUGGAGCUGAAUUGGGUACAGUGGGCUAGCGCGCUCGUGGGAGCCUUGUGGACGCGGUGAGACUGGGUGUGGAGCUGCUUGUCUUCUAGCAGCAGGUAGAGAGUUGUACGAUUAGAUCUUCGCUUGCUUGAUUGCCUUCCUUCCUAUGCUCUUGCCUGCUUCCCUCCUCCUUUCUCCUCCUUUCAAUCCGACUCUUUUGACGACCA